CUAUGUGUGUAUGCAGAUUAGAAGUAGGAACUGUCAACAUCUUAAAAGUUCAAUUAAUUUAAAUUUAUCUUUAAUGAUUUUGUUUUCUUAUUUGUUAUCCAGAUCAUUAUACUAAAGCUUCUAAAAAAGCUAAAUAUAUUAUAUAUUUUCCUUUAAUCAGCGUCGUUGUUUUCCUAAGUAAAACCACCAGUUGGUUAUUUGUUUUCAUUAUUACUUUUUUUAUGACUCUGUCUAAUUUAAUUCUAUGGCUUCAAAAAUACUUUGGUUUUACCAAAUCUUAAGUGCCAUAACAGGUUCUUUAUUUAUUGAUGCGAAAGGAAAUAUAUGUGGAAAUAGGCAUUUAGUCCAAGAAAGGGGAAGCAUAAAUAGUCCAAAUUAUCCUCAUCCAUAUCCUAAUGCAACCAAUUGCAGUUGGACCAUUUUAUCUCCACCUUCCUCUGUACUCACAUUGAUAGUGAAAGAUAUUGACAUUGAGGAUGAUCAGGGUUGUAUCUCUCCCCCUUGUUGUAAUAAUAAUGUAUUGAUACUUCCACAAAAUGAUAGUACUUUUACAAAAAAAAUUUGUGGUCAUAAUUUGACUAUAAAGCCUAUUCAGGUUUCUCAUCUGGAAACUAAAAUAAUAUUUCAAGCUUCAAGAAACAAUGUCCAAUCUAGAGGAUUUUCACUCUCAUAUAAUAUUGAAAACUUCAACCCAGGUUUAUGUGAGCCAGAUCAAGCCCUAUGCAAUUCGAACUCUAAGCAUUGUUUUUCUCCAGCAUUGGAACGCUGUGAUGGCAUUUUUAACUGUCCUAAUGGCGAAGAUGAAGCGGGAUGUGGAAUAUUAAGUCACCCAGUUCAUUUAUCAAAUAAUUGUAUGAGUCCAUCACUUUGGUGUGAAGGAAACUUUAUUUGUGAUGGUAAUAAUCAUCAAGAAACUUGUUUAAAGAAUUCAGUCAUUAGUGCUACAAUUAUGGGUUGCCUCUUUUGUGGAUUAAUGCUUGUAAUAGCAAUGAUGUGUGGUUUACGAUUGUAUACUAUGCACAGUGACAGCUCUGGUUACAGAUUUCAUUUGCCUGCUCAUAUUGCUACAAGACUUAGUUUGACUCGGUAUGUAUCUUUUCCUGAAUUAAUUGAAGAUGACUUUUUUCAUCGAGAGCCUCCACCUUCAUAUUCUAUUGCAGUUGGUCAAACAAGUGGCAAUUUGGAAAGUAUAUCCACUAAUAGAAGUCAUAGGACUCGUUCUUGGAGACAGAGGUCAUUGACUCCCAUUAAACCACCAACACCAACUCCUAGUAGUGAAACUUCAAACCAAAGCUCCCCUAGUAGAGACAGUAUAACUUCGUCUUCUUAUCUUUCAAAUGAUGAAAACUUACAACUUGUUAAUCCAGAAGUUUAGUUAUAUUAUUUUUGUUAUUUCGUUGUUUAAAAAAUAUUAUAAUGACAAUUCUGUUUUUUUAUUAUUAAAAUUUUCUGUUUUAUUGAAUUAAUAACAAUUUUACAGUAAUUCAAAAGUGAUCAUUGAUCAUCUAUUUCUAUUUUAACUUUAUCUAAAAUAGACCUAGCAAAAACUAUUAAAAAAAGUUUUGGCCUAGCCCUUCUAUAUUGAAGUUAAAUGAAAUGAAAAUAUUUGUUAUUAUCUUGGGACUGUUGUCCCUUUAGAAUAAGUUAUAAAUACCAGUGUGGCCAUACUUUAAAU